AUGGACGAAUCUACGUGUAUUUCGGAGCAGCAAAACGCCUCAACACCCACAACAACCCAACCAUGCCGCGAAGAAGAUGGAUUGGUAGCAAUCCCUUAUUCAGAGACGACUGCGUGUGAGCCGCCAGUCCCCAUGGUGCCUUUAAAGAGUCCCGAGCGAACUCCGCGAGAUUGUUCAGAAGAACCGCCGCCCAUCAGCCCGCCUUCUUCCUCAUCGUCUAUAUAUGCUGGAUCAGCCAUUCCGACAGUAUUCGAAAUGCCGCAAUCCGCCGAAGAGCAUUCGUGUCCCCUCCCGUCGUCCAUGCUACAACCAAUGUCAGCCUCCAUCUACGAAGUCACAUGGGAGGACGUAUUCCCGGUAGAAGAAGUCAUGGAUGAAGCAACAGGAUUGCCAAUUUACAUUGCCCCGUGGAUAAUUCGAAGCGAAUCAGACGACGACGAUAACAGAAGAAUGGCGGACUGGACGCCGCCCAUUGUUCCGAUUUCCAUAAAGCGCCAGCCCGCGGACAGCCAAGCCGCCAAAAAGCCCUCAACGCAUAAAUGGAAAAAAGCCCGCGACGUCGAGCCGCUGGCAAGCCACCCAAAGAAGAAGCGCAAUUUUUGGAUGUCGUUUCGAAGAAGCAAGAAGGCGAUUGCUGCGGCCGUCACAGGCUCAGUGGCAUCGUUGGAGAGCAGUGAGAGUUCUCCAAAGGACAAGCCACAGCGGUCUGCCUCUUACCUGGGCCGCAAGGGCACCGUUCGUGAGAAUCGCGAGUCUGGUGCCGUCGACGCCGGCGCCAGUCCGGCCGGAGAGCCCGAUCCUGCACAGAGUCACCCAAAAAAGUCCUUGGUCAUAAGUGCCGCAGAGCAGGUCAAGCACACUGUUGUAUCAAUUACUCAAGUCGACGUUCCGACGCCACCGACAACGCCGAAGAAUGAAGAACUUGAUCCUGUCAUGGGUGCGGAGAUGGGCCACAAGAUCACUAUUGCCAUACCGGAAGCGGAGUUACUGAAUGACGAGUUGAGAGCCCGACUAUGCUGUUAG